CCAUCACGAUGACUGUCUUCCGCUCCCCGUGAGCUGCGCACGCUGCUUUGGCUUCGUGACGCACCUCCGUCAUGCGCCUAGAGCGCCGGGAACGCGCACACGCCCUGCUCUGUGGGCUCGCCGCGGACGUCACUUGAUGACGCUUCUCUGCCCCUUGCCACACGCUGCCGUACGGGCCCGUCUCGUCGCGACGCGAUAGCCCAACUCUCUCUGUCCUCCGUAUCACCCUGCGCGGCCACCCAACCGCCUAUGAUUAGACGGCUUCCUCGCCCGGCUAUUGUCGCUUGACAGGCACGCACGCGCCCUAUUCCGGUCUCGAGAGGCUCGCCUUGAUGCACCCUCCACCCUGCAUUCGGCGUGCGAUGCACGCGCUGGUUCAGCUGGCAUGAUGGUCGCAUGGUUCUGCUCGGUAGGCUGAGCAGAAGCCUGGGCUCUGCCGCGGGGGAUCUGACAGGCCGGGCGCGCGGUGAGUUGCUGUGGGACGCGGACGCGAUGGCAGCCCCGGGCCCUUGUUGCGCGGACGAAAUUGCGUAUGGGGUUCUGUUCUCAGGGCUGCGGCUCGAGGCGUGUGUCGGAGAUGAACGCAGACGGGAGCCUGAGGGGAUAUAUAAUAUUGUGGCACCGCGCCACCCCGGCGCACCGUCCGCCCCACAGCUUCGAAUUCCGACAAACCGCGGUCCCGUUCUGUCCUGGUCGCCGUCGACGCCGUCUGCUGCUCGUCCAUCGACUCUCUCCUCCGCGCUACCAUGAUCAUCCGCCUCUCGGUCCUCACUGGAGUCGCCCUCGCGGCCGCGCCCGCCGUAGGCCAGCAGAUAUACGACAUCUGGGCCACUACCUGGGACCGCGCACAGUCGUUCACAUACAUAAAUCUAUCCCCCAAUCCUAUCAACUUUGGCUCGCCCGGCGCAAUAGGCGCAGCAGACAUUACGGUCAACGACUCGCCCCUCGCGCAGGCCAUGGUCGGCUACGGCGCGACCCUCACUGAUUCCUCCGCGCUCACGCUGAACAACCUAAAGAACCAGAACUCUAACAACUACUGGUCCAUCCUGAACACACUAUUCGACCCGACCGACGGCGCGAACGCCGCGGGGCUCACCUACCUCCGCGUGCCCCUCGGCGCGUCCGACUUCUCCGCGAGCGUGUACAGCUUUGAUGACACGUCGGGGGACACCUCGCUCGCGAAUUUCAAUAUCAACAAGGCACCCUCCUACCUCUUCUCCGUCAUUAACGAUAUCCAGAGCGUCAACCCGUACCUGAAGGUCCACAUCCUGCCGUGGUCGCCACCGGGAUGGAUGAAGGACAGCGGCACGAUGAAUGGAGGGAACUUCAACUCGGCGUUCGUUAGCGUCUACGCCAACUACCUUCUCAAGAGCCUGCAGGGCUUCCAGAGCCACGGUAUCUCCGUGUACGCCAUUGGCAUCCAGAACGAGCCCGAGAACAGCAACCCCACCUACCCCACAUGCAAGAUCAGCGCGAGCCAGGAGGCGCAGAUUGGGUCGGCGCUGCGCACGCUCAUGAACUCGAACGGCUUCUCCGCCGUCCGCAUCAUUGGCUACGACCACAACUGGAGCGACGCUGCGGGGUACCCCGUUCAGCUGAUGGAUGACGCGUCAAGUGCGUUUUCAGGGGUCGCAUUCCACUGCUACGCAGGCAACUUCACGCAGCAAGAUUCGUUCCACAACGCGUUUCCGAGCAAGGAGGUGUACUUUACAGAAUGCACGGGCGAGUAUGGAAGCGAUUGGUGGACUGAUAUCAAAUGGUACAUGGAGAACAUCUUUAUCGGUUCUGUGACACACUCUGCAAAGAGCGCCCUGAUGUGGAACAUCGCGCUCGACGGUAGCGGCAACCCCAAGCUCCCAGGCACGACGAGCUGCGGCACACCUUGUCGCCCGGUGGUGCAAGUUAACAGUGACGGUAGCUUUGUGUAUCACCAGGAAUUCUACGCUAUGGCACAAGCCGGCAAGGCAAUCCUCCCGCGCGACGUCAACGGACCAUUCGGACAGCGCCUGCAUGUCACCAUCGGCGGCUCGAACGCGCAGGGCCUCAUCGCGACUGCGUUCGUCACAGGCCGCGUCAACCCCUCCGACUGGGACCGCUACAGCCUAGUCGUGCUGAACUGGGACGACCGUCCAAACGGCUCAUGGAACCCGACGCCGAUCCAGACGACGAUCGAGUUCCGAGACGCGCAGGCGACGUACACCUUCCCCGUCGGCGUCACAACGCUCUGGUGGUACGCCCCCAGCGCGAGCCUCGACGCCGACGCCACAGAAGACGCGGGGGCGGGACAGCAAGAAGGGAAGCACGCACACGCGAAGCAGGCGAAGGAGCCGUUCACGGCGUGGGUGCACGCGGAUAUCAACGGCGAGCGCCAGCGCCCGAUCGAGCUCGCGUUCCGGUGAGAGGUCGGCUGGCAGUUGUGUAUUGUAUAUAUACCCUGUACACUAGUAUUAGGCAGCGUGUGAUGGAUGGUUUGGAACG